AUGGACUUCAAACAGAUCAUCCCGCAUCUACAUGCAGUCACCCGCCAAUUUCCUGUGGAGUAUGGACAUCUUCUGCCGCUCCACCCAAUCAAUCAUGUGAGGGGAGUAUCACUUAUAAAGUGUUUCUGUCGAGAUUGUGUGCCCAUGCUAUGGGAGUGUUUGGCUUAUCAUCCGGAAGUACCCAAACUCCCAGUACAGGCUCGCUGUUACGAUGUAAUGACUUUGGCCAAAGUCAUGGUCGCCGUUACCAGUAAACUCAAGCACACUCUGGUCGACCCUUCAGGGCAAUUCCGCGUAACCCUGGAUCGUAUCGAAACCUCCAUGCGCGAAUUCGAAGACGAGCUGAAGAAAGGCUUCUACACCCGACAUAUCAGCGAUUUACCAACCCUUGGUGAACUUGCAGGUGCCUUCAGCUGGCUGUUCUUUCGCGAUAUGGUACAUGGUGUCAGGUAUUCAUGGCUGGGCCCUGUUGUUGGACUUGACGAAGGACAACCAGCAAAAAGGCGAAUAAUGCCGCCAGGCGUACGAGCAUUCGCAACUUGCGAUGGGAAGGACAUUUACAUAAGUACCCAUCAUUUUGCCGACAAAGAAUGCUUCGGGCAUUUCACACCUAGGCAGCUGGCUCUCCAGAUCGCAGGCGCUAUUCUUCACGAACAAAUUCACCAAUACUUCAAUCGCAACCUUUGUGAUGGAUAUUGCGCUGGGACACAGUCGCAGAGCCAGCUCUGCCGCUUCCUGAAUGGGGAAAUGUAUUGGCUGUACGAUGCCUGCACCUACAAAAGUGUUACUUUGAACUAUAGGUCGCACUGUGGACAUGGACCAGCGUUUCAAGAGGUCGCACGCGCUAUAGGCAAUUGCGCAGCGGCAGUCUUCGGCCUUCAGGGGCCCCUUGAACUUGGAUACUACAAAUGUAGGUGCGGAUUGGAACAUCCCGAGUGUCCGUCGCAUUGCAUGCCCAAUAGAUACGAGCUCAUGCGCACGGUUGCGCAUGAUCUGGAAUCCGAGAUCAAGGAAGUGGACGCGCAGGGGGGGAAAGUCGUUCACUGUUCAUCAAAGGCGUUGACGGCUUUGAAACCCUUGACGGGUACAUCUGGCAAAGACAAAGUCAUGCACCCGACGAGCUUCUAAGCGUUUGCUGUUGUCGUGGACAAACCCGCAUGGCAUUC